GAGCAAACACGACUAGCACAACACGAGACCAACGCGUGUUCCACCCCCUCCCCUCUUCCAGACACUCAUCUCAAUCGGUUCGGAGAGAUCUACCGUCGGGCCGUCCCUUCACCACCUGUUGAACCCCCGGAUUGCCAACGACAACUGCUGUGCUUGCUCGGCCUUCCCAUCCUCGCCGCGGAGUACAUUGACCGACCCGGACCAUUUCACCAGCCCGCCUACACUGGAGAGAGACGCCGCGAGAACGAAGCAGCCGCAUCAACAGUACUUGAAGAGAGGGAAGGGACACACGACCGGCCGAUCGAUCGCCACGAGACACGCGCCCGUCUAGAACCACUCGCUACCACGAACUCGAACGAAAGAGCAUCGCGAGAAUAUCUUGUGCGGUACGACAAUCGGAGGUUCUCUUCUCAAUACACAGUGCGGUAGCAGUGAUACACACGGCUUGUGGAAAUGGCGACCCAGGCGACACAGUCGUUGAAGUGCGUGGUGACGGGUGAUGGUGCAGUCGGCAAGACAUGUCUUUUGAUAUCCUACACAACAAAUGCCUUUCCAGGCGAAUACAUACCUACAGUCUUCGACAACUACUCCGCGAGUGUCAUGGUAGACAACAAGCCGAUAAGUCUAGGACUUUGGGAUACAGCCGGACAGGAGGACUACGACCGACUUCGACCGUUGUCAUACCCACAGACGGAUGUCUUCUUAAUCUGCUUCUCCAUCGUCAGCCCGUCAUCCUUCGACAACGUCAAGGCAAAGUGGUACCCCGAAAUCGAGCACCAUGCACCUGGCGUGCCCAUCAUCCUUGUCGGCACGAAGCUGGAUCUACGAGACGAUCCCGAGGUUCGCGAGCAGCUUCGCCAAAGAAAGAUGGCACCGAUCCAAUACGAGCAGGCGGUUCAGGUGGCCAAGGACAUCAAGGCGGUGAAAUACCUGGAGUGCUCCGCGUUGACGCAGCGAAAUUUGAAGAGCGUAUUCGACGAGGCGAUCAAAGCCGUCAUCAGCCCACGACCUAUUGCAAAGGCGAAGAAGUCGAAGUGCACGAUUCUAUGAGCGAACAUUUCCG